AUGGGUAAAGAAAAAGAUCUUAUUGAGUCCCAAAAAGGCGCUAUUCUUUAUGGAUAUCAACUUGGCCAUUUAUGUAGAAAAAUUGCAGAAACUGUAGGAUGUGGACCCUUUGCAGUUUCAGCUUGUAUAAGAAGUAAUUCUUCCCAAUUUUAA